AUGCGCGAGGGCGCGCCCUACUACCCGGCGCUGCAAGCCACGUGCGGCUUCGAGAAGGGCGAGUGCUUCGCGGUCGUCUUCAAGCCGACGGGCUUGCUGAGCCGCACUGCGGAGUGGUUCGUCGUCGACGUGGCCGACCAGGCCGUCGUCUUGCGCGGCAAGGCGCCGCUUUCGGAGCUGGAGGCGAUGCAGCCGAUUGAGAUGGACGUCGACGCGCUGCGGCGGUUCGUCGCGUACCGAGCGACCGAUUUAGAGGCGCACACCGCGCUGGGGUGCACCGUCGCAGCCAUCCAUCAUGACACAUGA